AUGGCAGAAAACAGCACAAAUCUUUUUCUGGAAAUACUUCAGUCUUAUGAUGCAGUGCCUGUGAUCAUUGCCUUCUGUGUAUCUGUUGCUGUGGGUCUAGUCCUGGGUGCUGUGGUCUAUGUGCUCCUGACCUGGAUGUCUCGGAGGAGAGCAGGUUCUGCAAUCAUCACCAGACGCUUCCCACGCAAAUCCCGCUCCUCUCCACGUGCACGGCCAAACUUCAAACGCAACAACAGCUAUGAUCGCCGCACCAACAAUAACUUGCUAGGAGCUUCAUUUAGCUUCCAACGCCAAAGUUCUUCCCCUGAUCGGAUAGACCCACUGGGGAGGAUGUCUGGUGCAACACUGCGUUUGAUUCGCUGUCGAAAACUGUGUACAUCCUCUAAACAAACGGGUUCUUUUAACCUGUUUCAGAAGAGAAACUUAAAGAAAGUUGCCAAAGUCACAGGUGCAGUUGUGCUGGGGGGCUGUCUUUUCAUCACAUAUGAAGUCGCUGCUUUGGACAAGGCUUUAACUAUUGACACUAGUGCUAUCAUCAAAGAGAAGUACAAAUCUUAUAUCUAUCUUAAAGGAGCUUCCUUGGACGAAAAGGAGAACUUUGCAUCUGAUCUUACACAAAAAGCAAGAAAGGAGUUACAUAAAGCAGCACGUCGUUUUUUGGAAGUAUCGUCUUGGCUCUUCCAACAUUCUCUUGAUGAGCAUUUCUGCCAUGUUGAUGCUGAUCCACAUGAAGUGGCUUUAUGGGUCCUCUUGAAGAAGACAAAGUCGGCCAACCAAGCUGUUCGACUGGAGGCUGUGCAGGAACUUGGAAAAAACCACAACUGGCAUGAUUACCAGUAUCAAACAGCAGCUCAGGUGAUCGACCAGCGAACAGCAGUGGGCCUUGCCAGGACUCCUCAGGUCGACCUUCGCUUUUUCAGGCCACCACCAGCACUUUUAAAUCAGGAGGAUGUGUCAGCAGAAGAUGGACUGAGGCAGCUGCUGGGCUCUCUGCCUCAGUCAGAGGUGGAUAAAUGUGUUCAAUACUUUACCUCUUUGGCUCUGCGGGAGAGCACUCAGGCUUUGGCAGCACAACGGGGUGGACUGUGGUGUUUUGGUGGUAAUGGAUUACCCUAUGCCCAAAGCCUCACCUCGGUCCCUUCUGAGAAGGUGGAGUCGUUUUGUUUACAAGCUCUAGUGCAACACUCAAAAGUCCAGAGUCACUGUGAACCUAUUGUUAAGAAUGGGGGUCUGCAUCUUCUUCAGAAAGUUUUCCAACUUCGCACAGAUUCACUAAAAAUUCAAAGGAAUAUUGUUCGUAUCAUUGGAAACUUGGCAGUAAAUGAAAGUCUUCACCAAGCCAUUACACAGUCAGGAUGGGUUUCUGUCUUGGCUGAAAUGCUGCAAUCUCCUCACAUCAUGCAAGCUUCCCAUGCAGCUCGUGCUCUCGCCAACUUGGAUAAGGAAUCGAUCAUGGAGAAAUAUCAGGACGGAAUAUAUAUACUUCACCCACAAACACGCGGCAAUCAGCCUAUCAAAGCCGAUGUCCUCUUCAUACAUGGGAUUUUAGGAGCAGCCUUCAAAACAUGGCGACAGAAAGAUCUCAGUGACUCAACUGAAGAAGAUGACAUGGAACAAAUAAACGACUACACAGAAUGUUGGCCCAAAUCAUGGCUGGCGGCUGAUUGUCCUAACAUUAGAGUGUUAUCUGUGGAAUAUGAUAGUCAUCUCAGUGACUGGAUGUCUAAGUGCCCUGCUGAAAAUCAGAGAAAGUCCUUAGCCUACAGGAGUCAAGAACUGCUAAAGAAGUUGAAAGAGGCUGGAGUUGGUCAAAGACCAGUGGUCUGGGUCGCACACAGCAUGGGGGGAUUAAUUGUCAAGAAAAUGCUGCUGGACGCUGCAGAGGAUCCAAAUAUGCAACAUUUGCUGAAAAAUACCAAAGGUAUUUUAUUCUAUAGUGUCCCUCAUCGUGGCACGUACAUGGCUGAGUACUCGAUCAACGCCAGAUACCUGCUGUUUCCUUCUAUAGAAGUCAGGGAGCUAUGCAGAGAUUCUCCAGCACUGCGUACUCUAAAUGACGGCUUUUUGGCUAUGGUCAAAGAAAAGGACAUUAAAGUCCUUAGUUUUGCAGAAACAUGUCCAACUAAUAUUGGCCCGAUGAUCAAAAUAUUGGUGGUGUCCCCUCAAUCAGCAGAUCUUGGAAUUGGAGAUCUGAUUGAGGUUGAUGUCGAUCAUCUAAACAUCUGUAAGCCAGAGAAAAAGAACUCGUUUAUUUACAAAAGAAGCCUUCAGUUCAUCCAGGAAGCCUUGCACAAACAUAUCUCUCCCUGA